AUGACCGAAUCUUCAGCUGUUCUCGAGUUUAACAUCUACAACACCCUCGACUGUGGGCCCAAGUACAGACUCUCGAGACUCAAGGACAGUAGGGACGAGGAUUUGCAGGAUGCAAAUGAGAUGAUCGCAAAAGUCUACAGCGACAUUCUGAUGUCGCUCUUCGAACCUGGUGCAGAGAAUCAACCCGGCAAUCGGAGAAUUCAAUAUGGCUUUGCGGCGGCUUGUUCCGGAUUUGAUGAAAAUGAAUGGGCUGCGUUGGCGAAUGACCAGAAAGAACGUUAUCGCCGUCGAUACAGUACAAUUUUCACACUGUCUCAGCAAACUCCCAACGACCGGAAACUUCCCGCAAUUGUUCUCUACCUCGGCCCCGAUAGGAGCAAUCGUCGAAUUGCAGCAUCACCGUCUUACGAUAUCGAUCUUCACAACAACAAUGAUGACGAAUUCCAGCCAUGGGAUGCUGUGUGGGAUUCCAUUGACACAACCCAGACACUCCCAUGCCCAUGGGGCUGGUCUGUCAGGUCUCAUGAGGCAUUUAAGGGUGCUAUGUUUAUCUUUAUUUCCGGGUUUUACGCGUUAUGGCCCAGGAGCUGUGGGAAGAUGAAACGGCAGGUUGUUACCAAAUACACGGAUAUAAUCACUACCCACCUGAAAAUCACACUCUUCCAUGAGCUGAUUCACCAUGCUCGAACCGUUCUUUAUGGGACAGAUCACCUCACACCCGAAAAAUGUAUUGACAACUCAAAAUUUCUCAGGCAACGGCCCAACGGGAAGUUAGUUGGGGAAGCAGGACGACUGGGAGAGAAGGUGGCUUUUGGACUGGUUGUCAAUCUCAACCUCCAUGAGCAAAAAUUGUAUCUCUUUGGAUGCAAUCAUGAAGAAGAGGGUGACCCAACUGCCUACAUGCUCACUGACCACAACCGCAUCUCUCUCUUCUACCGUGAUACUCCCCUUUCCCCUUCAGCCAACGAACUCGGUGCACCUCUCCCUUUUAUCCCCCACAGUGAAAGGUUCAAAGGAUGCUUCGAAAUGCAUGAACCUGUAGCAUCAGCAGAUGUAGUCCUACCCGCUUCCACUGACUUACCAACACAUGUCAUCCCUAUCCGAAAUCUUUAUGGCUUGUUGCCAGUGACAGGCCCACUUGCAGUAGCAAUGGUGGAGGAUAGCAUGAGGAACAUUAGGUGUGUGGAAAGUGGUCUGGACUUUACAGUGGCUUGAAUAAUUCUUUGUAUCUUUGUUGAUUCCUUCGGUCAUUCAUCAUUAGAAAAUUAAAACAUC